UCCCCGAGAAAACGAAUCAUUUGGAACGCUGCUACAACCAACUUUCGGGUCCAGACACAUCUCACGUUUACCAAGUUUAAAAACAAUAGAGUUAUUUGGACUGCGUUUUAGCAAUGUAUGCAUUAUGUUUAGCUUUAAUUUUUUUGGUUCAAAGAAUUGAAUGUUUUUACCUAAACCGUUCUGGCUACCCGAAACCUAACAUUGUGAUGGUGAUGUCGGAUGCUUUUGAUGGCCGACUGACUGUGGACCCUGGGAAUAGGGUGGUUCAGCUACCAUACAUAAACUUCAUGAGGGAGCUGGGUGCUACCUUCCUCAAUGCCUACACCAACUCUCCAAUCUGCUGCCCCUCCCGUGCAGCUAUGUGGAGUGGCCGUUUUGUCCACCUGACCCAGUCAUGGAAUAACUAUAAGUGCCUGGAUCCCAAUGCUACCACAUGGAUGGACGUUCUGCGGCAGAACGGUUUUCACACCCAGAUGAUGGGUAAACUGGACUACACGUCAGGAGGUCACUCAGUCAGUAAUCGUGUGGAGGCAUGGACACGGGAUGUCCCAUUCCUUCUGCGUCAGGAAGGAAGGCCAGUCACCGACCUGGUGGGAAACAUCUCCACUGACAGGGUUAUGAUUAAGGACUGGGAGACUGUAGACAAGGCCACCCAGUGGAUCCGCCACAGUGCUGCCUCUCUCUCCCAGCCCUUUGCCCUUUACGUGGGCCUCAAUCUGCCCCACCCCUACCAAACACAGUCCCUGGGACCCACUGCUGGGGGAUCCACCUUUCGCACCUCCCCUUACUGGCUUCAGAAGGUGAUGUAUGACCUUAUUUCGCUUCCAAAAUGGCUGCCCUUGUCCGUCAUGCAUCCUGUUGACUACUACUCCACCUACACUAAGAACUGCACUGGUAACUUCACAACAGAGGAAGUCAGAAGCAUACGAGCCUUCUAUUAUGCCAUGUGCGCUGAAACGGAUGCCAUGCUAGGUCAGGUGAUGUCAGCCCUUCGGGACUCAGGACUGCAGGAAAGCACUGUACUGAUGUUCACAGCCGACCAUGGGGAACUGGCCAUGGAGCACCGGCAGUUCUACAAGAUGUCCAUGCUGGAGGGCAGCUCCCACGUUCCCCUGCUGGUCAUGGGUCCAGGGGUGAAGUCUGGCCAGCAGCUCAGCCUGCCUGUAUCCCUGGUGGAUCUUUACCCCACCCUGUUAGAGAUAGCUGGCAUCCCUGCUCCAGGUGGUCUGAGUGGUCACUCCCUCGUUCCCCUGGUGACUAGGUCAGGUGGGCUGCCUGGGCCUAGCCCUCCAGGCUGGGUACUGAGUGAGUACCACGGCUGCAAUGCCAACGCCUCCACCUACAUGCUGAGGUUAGGCCGUUGGAAAUACAUGGCCUAUGCUGACGGCCUGAGUGUCCCUCCACAGCUGUUUGACCUAACUCUGGACAAGGAGGAACUUCACAACGUGGCGUCCAAGUUCCCAGAUGUGUGUCGUCAACUGGAUAAGCUUCUGCUUUCCAUAGUAGACUAUCCCAAGGUUUCUGAAUCUGUCCAUGUCUACAACAAGCAACAGUUUGCUCUCUGGCGCAAGACUCUUGGGGGAAAUUAUACGCAGGUCAUCGCUAACUUGAGGUGGCAUGCGGACUGGCAAAAGGACGUUAUAAACAAUGAGAGAGCCAUUGAUGAGUGGCUCAUGGACUCGUAGAAAUAGAUAUUCUAUGAACAUCUGGGACCAUUCCUUCUAUCAGAAUUUCAUGAGAUGUUUCUGUUUCAACAGGCUUUGACUAGCAUGUGAUAUUGAACAAGUCUCAAAAGACACUGUAGCUGGUCUCAGUGAGGGUAAAAGGAAUCCCAUUUUUUACAAUAAAAAUGAAAAAGGGACGGCAUUUAUAGAGCAAUUUUCUACCUUGGCGGCACUCAAAGCGCUUUACAUUUGUUGCCUCUCAUUCACCCAUUCACACUCACACACCGACGGUGGUGCAGCUGCCAUGCAAGACGCUAGCCUGCCCAUCAGGAGCAACAACGAAGGAGGAAGUUAUUUUUCACUGUAAAUGAAUUAUGAACCUAAUACUAAAUGAUGUUUUGCCAUGCCU